AGCUUGCAAUGCACCCAGAUGUGACCUACUUUAGUAUUUUACUCUGUCUAAGUCAAGUUGAAUAUUUUCGCGGUGCAAUAAUAUUCCAAUCUAAAUGAGUUUUCAUCAACUCACAAAUGGUUCAGGAUAUCUUGUGGAUUGAUCUACAGCUGGGGUGAAUAAGAAAAACGCAACUUCAAAGUGUUCAUGAAAUUCACUUUCGUUUUGAUCACAAAAGAUCGUAUAGCGUAUCAAAAUAUUCAUAAAUAUUAAGUGUUGUGUUUUUUUAAACAUCCUGUAUAAGUGCGGUCAUUAUAUCGAUGAAAAGCCAUUUCAAGCUAGAAGAUUAAAUUUUAGCAGAUCAAAGAUGUUUGGAGUUGUUAAGAUCGUUGUUAUAUUCCUAGUCUUUGCAGAUAAUGCGGUUGAAUGUUUUAAACUUGGUCAGCUUUGCAGCUCAUAUGGUAGAAAUUCAAUCCGUGAAUGUGACAGUCAGGGUUGUGGUGAUUUCGGAACACCAAGAGGUUCUCGUACACACAAUGGUGUCGACAUAAUUUGCAAACCAGGGAGUUCUGUCAUGACACCAUUUGCUGCGAAGAUCUGACGAAAAUCACGUUCUUAUUCAAACAACAACAAACCAUAUAACAAUGGAUUGUAUAUUCAAGGAAGCGGAGAAGCCGAAGGUAUCAUCUCUCUCACAUUAAUAACCAAAUUCAUAUUAGGCACGGGAAAUUCAUCUUAGACAGGAAAGUUGAUUGUAAAAACCC